AUGGCUGAGCACCCAGCGCAGGUGGCCCUCUACGCCCUGAUCGUCGUGAUGGGCAUCGCGGGGAACGCCGUCGUCCUCGUCCUCCUGCUCGGCUCCCCCACCGAGGCCCCGGAGCCUGGCGCGCUGCUGCUGUCUCGCGUCGCCCGCCUCCCUCCCUGGGGGUUGCUCAUCGGGAAUCUGAUGGCGAGCAACGCGCUCCUGGGAGUGACGCGCAACACGCUGCUACUGGCCGCAGACGCCGGGUUCGAUCCCCAGCUGGGGGCGGGCGCCUGCCGAGCGCUCAUGAGCGUGUGGACGAUGGCACGCUGCGUCAACACGUGGAGCUGCCUGGCGCCCUGCGCCUACAGGAUGUUCAAGAUGAUUCGCCUCGGGCGCCGCGUCUCCCAGGGCCCACGACUCAACUCCAUGGGCGUCCGCGGCGGCGGCGACCGGGAGCGCUGCGCCGUCAAAGCCUCCCUGGCCCUCGUCUGGGGCCUCAACGCGGCCUACGCGGCCCCGGGCCUCUUCUUCACCACGGCCAAGAGGCUGAGCACUGCGCAGGGCGCUGACGGUGGCAGCCUCAUGCUCAUCAGCAGCACCACGCGGCCGCUCCUCGGCUGCGUCUGGGACUUCGGGCCGGGCGGCCAAGGAGCCGGCUUCGUGUUCGUCAUGGCCUCCCUGGUGGCCCACGAGGUGGUGCCAAUCGUGCUCAUGGUGGUCACCAACGCCGCCAGCCUCGUGGCGCUCAGGCGCUUCGCGGUGGAACGGAAGCAGGGGCAGCAGCAGCAGCAGGCUCCGUGGGGCCGCGAGACGCCCGAGGUGCCACCCGAGGAGGAUUCGUGCCGAGUCUACGACGGUUCGGAGUCUCGGGUUGCCGGUGACCCCGCGGGGGGCGUCCGCGAGCUGGGCUCGGAGGUCAUCGGCGAGCCGCCGGCUUCAGAUGUUGGUGGCAGCACCGGAGGCCCCCGGGCCCUCGCAAUGGGCCACCCCACGGGGAAUUUGCCCUGCGGCCAGCCGGGGCCUGCCAAGGUGGCACGAGGCCACGCGGGCGGCGACGGCGGUGGCCUGGCCGGCGGUAGCCUCGCCGGCGGUGGCCUCGCGGCCUCCUCCUCCUCCUCCUCCCACGGGCUGGCGGCGGAGGUUCGCGCCACGAGGCUCGUGCUGGCGCUCGUCCUCUCCUUCGUCGCCUCGUGGGGCUCCCACAUCCUCGCCGUGAACUUCUACAACUUCGGCGGGCGGCGCGAGGGCCCUCUCGCCGGCGCGCUGCUGGCCCUGGCGCGCUUCUCCGCGUCCACGUUCCUCGCCCUGUGCCCGCUCAUCCUGGCGCUCGGCCACGCGCCCCUCCGGAGGCGCCUGCGCUGCGUCGCCGCCGCCGCCUCCUCGCCGAGACGACGCCGCCGCAGCGUGGAGGCCGGUGGCGUGCGGGUGGCCGUGUAGCCGUGGUCGGGGGCUGUCC